AUGGCGGCCUUGAUUGCGACAUAUCCGCCCCUAGGGCAGGUCACACAGCUGCGAGGAUCCGGAGAGAUAAUAUUCCACGCUGUCCUGGAGGUUCCGAACGAAUUGCCAGCAGACGCCUGGCAGCUUGCACUCUGGCAUUCAAGCGGCAGCCAUGGAGACUGGACUGAAACUGAACUGCUUCCCGAUGCGCCAGACGUCCACCGGCCAGCACUACACGAGACUCAUGGCACCAAGUCGAGCUUUUACUACACGGCAAGAUUGGUUCUGGAGGCUCCACUGACUUUUACCGUCAAGUAUCGAACAAAGCCCGACCAGGAUUGGCAUUGGGUCCGUGACGAGCAAGGCCUGGACGAUGGCAUGGUGCUAGCCGACCACACUCCCGCUGGAGAGCAUGAUUCUGACGACUUGCCGGACUUGAUCCAACAUUUGAAUCCAGAUCUCCCGUGGAGAAGCCACAUGAGCCAGAGCCCUGGAACACGGCUUUGGUCCAUCGACGCGCGGGUAGAUGGAGCAAAGGAUGGCGAGUCAGCAUAUGCCCAAGUACCCCUGGGUAUCCCGUGGGGACGCUUCCUGAGAUGGUUUGCCCUGGUCCGGACUUGGACGCCGUGGCUUGGUCCACGGCAUGGGAAAUCGACCUUCGAACUAGAUAAAGAUGCAUUGCUCUGCUCAUUUCUGUCCCCACAAGGAAAGCACCUCGUCUUCCUAGGGAUGAGCGGCGUCGGCGAUGUCAUUACCCUCUUUCGCAGCGGAGAGUCGGGACGCUUGACACUACAUAUUCGGAGCGAUAAUGCGCAUGCGGCGGUCGGCACCGUCCUAGUCGCAGUUGGCAAUGAUUUUGAGAGCGCGAGCGCAGCUGUCAUAUACCACGCCCGAACGCUCGUUAGCUCAGGUAAUGUCUUGACCGCUGAUGGAAAGGCCGAAUCAGAGCCUCCGAGCAAGGUCAAACCUGAAUGGUAUGAGAAUUGGUAUGAUGGCCUAGGAUACUGUACAUGGAAUGCCCUAGGUCAGCGAUUGACAGAGGAGAAGGUCCUCAAAGCGGUUGACACACUGGCCGAGAACAACAUCAACAUUUCAAACCUGAUCAUAGACGACAAUUGGCAAGACAUAGACUACAGGGGAAAUGGUCAGUGGCAACACGGCUGGAACGAUUUCGAGGCCGAACCCAAAACUUUCCCCAGAGGGCUCAAGGCAUUAGUAUCAGACAUCCGCUCGAAACAUGAACACAUACAAUACAUUGCCGUCUGGCAUGCACUGCUGGGCUACUGGGCUGGACUCGCGCCCGAAGGUCCACUUGCCAAGCGGUACAAGACAGUCGAGAUCAUCCGUGAGGACGGAGAGCGCCGACACCUCCCCACGGGAGGGAAGAUGACGGUAGUAGCUAAAGAAGAUACCGAGAAAUUCUACGAUGACUUUUACCGCUUCCUAUCGUCCUGCGGCAUCGACGGAGUCAAGACCGACGCACAGUACAUGCUCGACACCUGGGUCUCCCCUCGAGCCCGCCGAGAACUCGCUUACGCCUACCUCGAUGCCUGGACUCUUGCCUCCCUUCGGCAUUUCGGUGGCCGGGUGAUCUCGUGCAUGUCCCAGGCGCCGCAAAUCAUCUUCCACUCCCAGCUCCCGCGCAACCGUCCCGCCGUCGUCUGCCGCAACUCGGAUGACUUCUACCCGGACGAGCCCGCUUCUCACCCGUGGCACGUCUGGGCGAAUGCUCAUAAUGCCCUGUUCAACCAACAUCUUAACAUCCUCCCGGACUGGGACAUGUUCCAGACAGGAUCGCAUUACCAGUAUGCCGGCUUUCACGCCGCCGCUCGCUGUGUCAGCGGCGGGCCUGUCUACAUCACCGACGUCCCUGGCCAGCACGACAUUGGCCUGAUCAAGCAGAUAACGGGCACUACGCCCCGGGGCCGCACUGUCGUUUUCCGUCCCAGCGUGCUGGGCAGGACCCUGGAUGUGUACAACGCUUACCAAGACCCGGCAUUGCUUAAAGUCGGGGCCUACCAUGGACGGGCAGGAGCCGGGGGAACGUCAAUUGUGGGCGUCUUCAAUGUCUCGAUGGCAAAGGCGCUGACGGAGCUCAUCCCGCUCACGAGGUUUCCCGGCGUGGUAGGGUCACUCAACUAUGUGGUGAGAUCGCAUGUGAGCGGGAAGGUGACGCCCCCCUUGGAGGUCGGAGCGUCCUUGUCGGUGCUCACCCUCUCGCUCCCUGCCCGGGGCUACGACGUCCUCUGCGCGUUCCCCUUAACAGCGUUUGAGUCGCGGACGAGAGGACAAGAAGUGCUGCUUGCAAACCUGGGGCUUGUGGGUAAGAUGACUGGCUGCGCGGCCGUUCUAAACACCGUCUAUGACCUUCGUGAGAAUGGGCGGAUGCUGGUUGACACGACGCUCAAGGCGUUGGGUGUGUUGGGCAUCUACAUCUCGGUACUCCCCGAGCUGUCUCUUCAGGAUGAUUUUAUGGUGACCACCCAGGGACAGCCUAUCCCUCCUCACACGGUAUCCGUGAAUGAAGGGGACCAGCAUGUCCUCGAUGUCGAUAUUGAAUCGGCUUGGCAGGAGAUGGGCCUUGAGAGUGGAUGGGCGAACGAGGUUGAGGUGAAAGUCUAUUUUGCGAUGGAGAAGUGA